AUUGCUCUUCGCAACUUUCACAUACAAGACUUCACCAUGUCAAGACUCUCCAGCAGCCUAAAAGCAUUGAUCAAUGCUCCUGCCGCCAGGCCGCACACUGUGCCUGCGCCCGCCAAUAUUGCCUCGGUCUACUCUAAGAUCCAACAAACGGCCCAGGCCCAGCAACUUUCACAGCCGUCAUGGAUCGCGCUGUCGACCGCUGCCACUUUGACCAUGAACUCCCCCGAAUCCCUCGCCGUCCUCUAUCAGCUCGCCUCUUCCACAUCCAAUAAUGUCGAAACCGCCGAGCUCAUGCGCGAGGUGGGACUGAAGUGUAUCAGCUUCAACGGAAUUCCACGAACGAUCAACUGUUUGAAUGCCUUUAGGGCUAGUCUCCCGGAGGCUGUCGGUAAUCAGCUAUCGCGCACCCCUACCCGCGCUCCCACACCAGCAAACAUCACCGAGAUCAGCGAGCGCGGCCGAGCACUCUGGGACUCGAUCUACCGACCCUUCGAGAACAAAUUAUACAAUAAGCUUGCCGAAUCGCACCCCGAUCUUCCCGUCCAUAUCAUGCAUAGUAAUUAUGGUGCCCUCCUCUCCGACCCCACACGAUCUACCGGUGCCUCGGCCGGUCGCGUGUUGACCUCCAUCGUGGCCGUGUCUUGUCUGCGCGCACAAACGGGUGUCGGUCCUCAAGUGCUUUCUCAUGUAUUUGGACUUCGGAAGGCAUUGGAGGAUGGAAGUUGGGCUAGUGAUGUUGAGAGCGAGGAAGGUGCCCGUUGGUUGGCCAGUGAUGAAGGUAAUACCUGGAUCCUGAACAGUGUAGAUGCGAUCGUCGAGGCCAUUAGCAAGGGUACUGGCUCAAACUUUGCGCCUGGCAAGGCUAAGCUAUGA